GGACACCAGUGUACAGCUGCAGUCGUCGGCUCGCUGUCCGUUUGCGUAAAGGUCCGUCCGGGUGCGGUGGUCGUAUCGUGGACUGGUUAGAGAGAACAUAUCGGCCGACCGACGCGCGCGAUAUCCGUCAGGAAAAUAACGCCGGCCGGUAACGGGUUCAUAAUAUUAUAAUAUUAUAUAAACUAAAAUAACUACAUCAUAAUAUUUAAAUAUUUUCCCGAGAGACGACCGCGUUCGCGUGUCUGAUACCACCCCGGACGUUUUCUGUCUCGUACAGUCGAAACACGUAUUCCGCCGCGGCGAAAACCGUCAUGAAAGUACAACACGUCGAGGAAGAAGCGUUCGGCUCGUCGGCCGGACGCUACGGCAGCGGUGCGACCGACACGUCUGCGGCUAUUCGGGUGUCGUGCCGGAGACGCGAAGACGGCGGUGACAGCGGUACGUGUUGCGAUCGGUCAGCGGCGGCAAAAACCGCGGCCACCGCAACAAUCAAUCGCAGUGACGCGGCCACGGUCGGCCGUGUCGACGACGACUGUAAGAACUGUACGGCCGAACAGCGACGCGUCCGAAAACCUCGCCGCCGGUCCGGAUCGUGGCCGAGAACGCGGUCGCUGAACGCUCCCAGUCCGGUCCAACAGUUUGGACCAUGCGGCCGUAUCAUGAAAACCUCUGCGUUGGUCACGACAAUUCAAGAUCCAGCCAGUCAACGUUUGACGUGGGCCAAAAAUCCUCUGUCGGUGUUGGUGAUAAAAAAAGUUAGAGAUAUGUCUGUUUUACCACCGUUCAUAGAACUUGUCAGAUGGCUGACACAGGAAAAAAGCAUGAUAGUGUUUGUGGAACAUUCUGUGAUGGAAGACACAAUGCUCUCUAGUAACUCGGGCUUCAUGGAAAUACGAGAGAAAUUAAACUCUUUUCAAGAUAGCAAAGAUGAUCUAACAGACAAAAUAGACUUCAUCAUUUGCUUAGGUGGAGACGGUACUUUGCUCUACGCUAGUCUUUUGUUUCAGAAAUCCGUACCACCAGUUAUGGCGUUCCACUUAGGCUCCCUUGGAUUUUUGACGCCUUUUAAGUUUGACAAUUUCCAACAGCAAGUGACCAAUGUACUUGAAGGACAUGCUGCUUUAACGUUACGUAGUAGACUUAGGUGCAUAAUUGUUAAGAAGAAUGAAGACAAAGAUAAGCCUCAGCCAAAUUUACUAGUACUUAAUGAAGUGGUUAUUGACCGCGGACCAUCACCAUACCUUUCAAACAUUGACUUGUUUUUAGACAGAAAAUACAUAACAUCUGUUCAAGGAGAUGGUUUGAUUAUCUCAACACCAACUGGAAGUACAGCAUAUGCAGUUGCAGCAGGGGCAUCAAUGAUUCACCCAAGUGUUCCAGCCAUCAUGGUGACACCCAUAUGCCCGCAUUCUUUGUCUUUCAGGCCAAUAGUAGUACCAGCUGGUGUUGAACUAAGUAUUAUGUUGAGUCCGGAUGCAAGAUCAACAGCUUGGGUUUCAUUCGAUGGCCGAAAUCAACAGGAGUUGUGUGCAGAUGAUAGCUUACAAGUAACUACAUCUAUAUAUUCGUUACCAUCAAUAUGUGCUCAAGACCAAAUAUCUGAUUGGUUUGAUUCAUUGGCUGAAUGUCUACAUUGGAAUGUGCGAAAACGACAGAAGCAUUUUGAGGAAUUAUCUGAUCUGGCGCAUUGCAAGUAUGAGGAUUCACUAAAUUCAACGUCGAAAGACACUUUAUUAGUUACGGACUAGCAGGGUAUAAUCAUUGAAGUUCAACAUUAACCAACAGAUACCUUAUCCUUUAGUCGAUAAGCACCUGUACUACCAUCGGUGCUUACAAAUGGAUUUCAAAACUGUGCAAAAUACAUUUUUUUAUAAUUAUUAUUAUUAUUAUUAUUAUUGUCUUGUAAGUACCUGUAGAAGGUAUACAUUUAUGUGUUUCUGCCGCUCGUGAUUAAAAUUACCUAUUUAUCGUUUAAUUAUAGUUUCAGUACUGAAGUUGUAGUUUUGACAAAUUAAUAUUAUGUAUCUGUAUUACAUUAUCGGUGAAGUAGAUGUAUUUUAAUUGAUAAUAAUCAGUUUAUGUACAGAACAACAUAAAUAUUAUAGUCAUUAAAUAAAAAAUAAGUUUAAUGUAAGAGUAA